UCUUUAUGAUAAUAAUAAUAAAUAAAUCAAGACCAUAGAUCUAGAUUCUAGAUCUAGAUCUAAAUCUGAUCUUGUCUAGAUUUAUCUAAUCUAAAUCUAGAUCUAAUAUGCAUUAACUUAACUCUGAAUUGCAAUAUAUUUCCACACUUUCUUUUAUUCAGACAUAGACAGCCACUUUAUUUUUAAUAGUGGAUUGAAGUCCAGAUCCUAUGGAAUAAUUAAGAUAGUAGAUCUAGAUAUAUAUAUAUAUAUAUAUAUAUAUAUAUAUAUAUAUAUAUAUAUAUAUAUAUAUAUAUAGAUCUACAUGAGUUACUGAGUAUAAUCUACUACCUACUUCAAAGUUUAGCAAGUUCAUUGAAGCUGGAAAAUUCAAAAUGUCUCUGUAUCGCAAUGCAGUUUGGCUUGUGAAAGGCCUUAAAGAAUAUACUAAAAGUGGCUUUCAAAAUGCAAGCAAAAGUUUUAAUGCUUCAGACUUGGAUGUUAACAUCAGUCAGCGCAGUUUUAUGAUUACAGGAGCAAACAGUGGCAUAGGUAGAGCAACUGCUUUGGCCAUUGCUAAAAAAGGUGGCAUUGUGCAUAUUGUUUGCAGGAACCAAGAAAGAGGUGAGGCUGCCUUAAAAGCAUUGAAAGAGGAAUCUGGAAAUGAAAACAUAUAUCUACAUCUUUUGGAUUUGUCCAAACCAAGAGAAAUAAAAUCUUUUGGAGAAAACUUUAAAAACAGUGGCAGAUCUCUAAAUGUUUUGAUAAAUAAUGCUGGAGUUUUAGGGGGUGAUAAAAGGGAAGUAACAGAGGAUGGACUUGAAACCACUUUUGCCACCAAUACAUUAGGAGUUCACAUGUUGACCCAAGAACUUCUGCCAGUGUUGGAAAAUGGAGAGGAUCCUAGAGUGAUCAUUGUAUCAUCUGGUGGUAUGCUGGUGCAAAAGUUAGAUUUAAGUGAUCUUCAGUUUGAAAAGAUGUCCAAAUUUGAUGCCACCAUAGCUUAUGCACAGACAAAGAGACAGGAAGUUGUAAUGGCUUCAGUGUAUGCCAAGAUGUAUCCCAAAGUGCACUUCUCUAGCAUGCAUCCCGGAUGGGCUGAUACACAAGGAGUACAAACAUCACUUCCUGGAUUUUAUAACAAGAUGAAGGAUCGACUCAGAACGGAAGAUGAAGGAGCAGAUACUGUGGUGUGGUUGGCUAUUUCUCCAGCUGCGGUCAAAUAUGAGAGUGGGUUAUUUUUCCAAGAUCGUAAACCAGUACCUGCCCACUUGCCUUUAGCUUGGACAAAGUCUAGUUCUGAAGAGGAAACAAAGCUUAUUGACUUAUUGAACGAUGUAUCUAAAAAAUUUUAAUCCUCUUGCCAUUGUUGAUACAUUUUGUAUUUGAUUCAUUUGUGAAAAAAAUAUUUUUUUUUAUAUCCAUUUACAUAUUUUAGAUUGUAAAUUAUUUUUUUUUUUUGGUCUACAAAUGACCAUUAAAAAAAUUUAAAAAAAAAAUUUGGUUCCGGUUUGAUAAAACCUGUUGCCUUUGUUUAUACAUUUUGUAUUUGAUUCAAUAGCUAGCUAUGUUAGGGUUACAAUGCAUCUUUUGUAAAAUCUAUGUGUUGUAUACUUAACUUUGUCAGCAUAUUUUUCUGUAUAAACCAUUUAUGUUAUAUUUACUUUUUUGUAAUCAAUACAAUAUUUUGUUUACCUAUAUGUAAUUUUUUUGUCAACACUAUAGGUUGUCAUUCCCUACUCUCUCAGGAGGAGAUAUGUUUGACAUUAUAUUCUUGCUCUUUCUAGAAAAAAUACUCAUAACAAGUAUAAUAUAAAGUUUAAAAAAUAUACCUAAAAAUAGUUUUCUUUUAUUGUUCACAUCUGUACAGUUUUGGGACACCCGAGAUGUAAAAGACUACCACUAUUUGAAUCUUUGCUUUAACUUUUUACUUAAGUAACUAUCAACAUGUUUAUGCAAACAUGGGUACUACUUAGUUUGAAAGUACUGAUGUCUCACAUUUGGAAUGAAAUCAUGUAGCUCCAAUUUUCUUUUUUUUUUUGUGAGUAGCUCCAAUAUAGUUGAAUGUCACUAAUGUAAACAUAUUUUUUUUUUAAAUACUGAAUCAAUUUAAGGCGCGGUGGCUGAGUGGUAAAGCGCUUGUCUUCUGAACCAGGGUUCAAAGACUGGGAUUUUCAAUUUCAGGAUCUUUGGGUGCCUCUGAGUCCACCCAGCUCUAAUGGGUACCUGACGUCAGUUGGGGAAAAGUAAUGGCAGUUGGUCUUUGUGCUGGCCACGUCACCCUUCUUAACCAAAGACCACAGAAACAGAUGACCUUUACAUCAUCUGCCCUAUAGACCACAAGGUCUGAAAGGUGAACUUUACUUUUAAAUCAAUUUGGCUCCAGUGUUGUAUACUUAAGAUAGAAACAAAAUGCACAGAACACAAAAUAACAUUAUCAUGAAAUAUGCUCUUUUUACACUACCUCAAUACAGAGAUGAUUCUCUUGACAUUUCACUCACAAUUAGUUUAGCACUUUGUGUGUAAAUCGUUACUUCUAGCUCAACAUAUUCCUUGUCAUUAAAUAAAGAUAUAUGAAAUCUUAAA